UUAAACAAUUAAUUAAGUUGGUGUGCAGUCCGUGACGCUGCCCGGCGAAGCACCGAAAAUGCGCAGAUCCGAGGACGUGCUUGUACUGCACGUCCUAGUUUCUCCCUCUCUCUCUCUCUCUCUCUCUCUCUCUCCCCCCAUCUCUCCCCUUUCUCUCCCUCCUCUCUCAGGCUGACUAAAGGUGACCGUGGAGUCGCGCUCUGUACUCAAUAUUGAACGUCUUCAAGUUGAGCGGCAGCGGGGAGACGAGCUUGACGCAGAUCAGCUGCGGACGCUGCUGUGUCUGCUGGAAGAGGCGCAGAGGGCUGCUGGAGGGGGCUAGCUACAGAGUCUGUGUGCUUCUCUCUUUAGGCGAAUCAUCCACAUCGGUAAAUGCGUCUUUCUUGUAGCCUAAUUAUUUUUUGCUUUCUUCUGCCUCUCGGAUACAUUUUUAUCCAGAGUCGUCUGGUCUCACUUCGCCAUUGACUCUUGGAUGUUGGUGAAACGACGCGCAUGCGUUGCUCUUGGAAUAAUUUUGCAGCCUAAGUUGCAUCCCUGAGAUCUUGUGCCGAAGUCGUUGACUAGCAAUGUGGAUUACUCCGGAUCGCGGAUGCUGGGGGUUCUUCUGCAUGUCUCUGCUCGUCACUGUAGUCUGCGGGGCGCAAAGCGCCAACGAACCUAGCAACAUGUCAUAUGUGAAAGCCACCGUGGACAAGUUGCUGAAGGGCUAUGACAUUCGCCUGCGUCCUGAUUUUGGAGGCGCCCCAGUGGAUGUUGGCAUGAGCAUAGACAUCGCCAGUAUUGACAUGGUAUCUGAAGUCAACAUGGACUACACCAUCACCAUGUAUUUCCAGCAGUCCUGGAGAGACAAGCGCCUGUCCUACACAGGCAUUCCUCUCAACCUCACCUUGGACAACCGGGUGGCAGACCAGCUGUGGGUCCCUGACACCUACUUCAUUAAUGACAAGAAGUCUUUUGUCCAUGGGGUGACAGUAAAGAACCGGAUGAUCAGACUGCACCCUGAUGGAACUGUACUGUAUGGUCUUAGGAUCACCACUACAGCUGCCUGUAUGAUGGACCUACGCAGAUACCCACUAGAUGAGCAGAACUGCACUUUGGAAAUUGAGAGCUAUGGAUACACCACUGAUGAUAUUGAGUUCUACUGGCAGGGUGGGAGCAACGGAGGCUCAGUCACUGGGGUGGAGAACAUUGAACUGCCCCAAUUCUCCAUCAUAGACUACCAGACCCUCUCCAAGAAAGCUGUUUUUGCCACAGGUUCGUACCCCCGUCUCUCCCUGAGCUUCAAGCUGAAGAGGAACAGGUAUUUCAUCCUGCAGACCUAUAUGCCUUCCAUCUUGAUCACCAUCCUUUCCUGGGUCUCCUUCUGGAAAACUAUGAUGCCUCGGCUUGCUAGAGUGGCCUUAGGUAUAACCACCGUGCUGACCAUGACCACCAUCAAUACCCACCUUAGGGAGACGCUACCCAAGAUCCCAUAUGUCAAGGCCAUUGACAUUUACCUCAUGGGUUGCUUUGUCUUUGUCUUUCUGGCCUUGCUGGAAUAUGCCUUUGUCAACUACAUCUUCUUUGGUCGUGGUCCUCACCUGCAGAAGAAGGUGGCAGAAAAGGCUGCCAAGUCCAACAAUGAAAAGGGCAGACUGGAGAGCAACAAAGUGCAGGUUGAUGCUCACGGCAACAUUCUCCUGACCAACCUCACCAGUGAGAUGAGUGGAGCAGAUAUGAUGGGCACUCUCAAUGACCCUCGGGCUACAAUGUUCUAUGACAGCGCCAGCAUACAGUACCGCAAGCCCAUGAUGAGCCGAGAUCUGUAUGGACGACCGGCAAUUGACCGGCCAAUUGGUCAUAAAAAGGGCCGCUUGAGGAGGAGGGCUUCACAGCUCAAAGAGAUCCCUGACCUCACAGAUGUCAACGCCAUAGACAAGUGGUCUCGUGUUGUCUUCCCAAUUACAUUCACUUUCUUUAACUUGGUCUACUGGCUUUACUAUGUCCCACUAAGGUGACAGUAAAGAGCAUGUGCAUCAGCACCACUGAUUUCUUAGAAAAUUUCAUGGUUGUGUACAGCGAUGAAAAUAGAAGAAUGUUAAUUUGCAUAAAUUCUGUUUUGGAAUGAA